CAAGCAUAAUCAUUAAAAGCCUCAUAAGAAAUGGACUUCAUGUAGAGUUAGCAAGUGUAUUACGACAGCAGUCUUUGAUUAUGAAAGAAUUAAGCAGCAAAUACAAUCCUUGAGAACAAGCACAAGUGCCCACAAGAAGAGAGCCAGAUAUUUCUGGAGAGAGAAAGAGAGUGUGUGAGUGUGUGUAAACAGGCAAAACCAUUCGUCCGACAUGGAAUACGACUUGUACAGGAAGAAAAAACUAACGUCUGUCUUGAAAGGCAGCCCUUAUCAACUGCAUGACCGUCUAGAGUUUGCCGCACUUACAAGACAUUUGUUAUUAGCCUCAGAAGAAGUAAUAGUCAAUCCUCUCCAUUUUGACAUCUGUUGGGGCUCUCCUUUCAAAUUGCGACCUGUAACAACCGUUUUGAAAGCAUAUGUACCUUCCAUGCAGACAAUAGAGGCAGAGAAGAUGUUGGAAUUCCAAAGAACUGGGAACAUUCAACAUCAACAGAAGCUGGCACAGCAAGUAGAGUCCGAAUUCAGAAGCAGGAUGCUUUUGGAAAGAAGACCACUGGCCCCAAGCAGUCCCAACUAGACCUUAUUCAUAUUUAUGAGUUGUUUGGAUCUGCCAACAAAAAUGAUCCAGCCAUUCACAGAACCAAUGAGCAAGCUAUCGGAGUGGCUCCUGCAACCAUAACAGGAUCGUUCAUAUCUAGUAACAUCAUUUUGAUUAUUAAAUAUA